AUUCAUGAAUAGCUCUAAAUUAAGGGGGAAAUGAUCCUUUUUCACGUAUUUGUUAUAUUUCUGACUGCAUCUUUGUGCAGGUCUUUAACAAGAAUGGACAUUGAAAAUGUACAUUCAAUGUUGUUUGUUAACUCAGUUGAUCCUUAUUUAGCCGAUAUUCGACCUCGACCCACAACAGUCAUCAAAGGCGCUCUUCAGCUUCUCUCUAUUGGCGGACUCGACGAAAUUUCUGGAACUUUCUCGACGCUGGUCAGCCUCAGGUUGUCUUGGCAUGACGAUCGACUCAUGUGGGUCACUGCAUUUCCUGGGCCUGUUCAAAACAUUACGGUGAAGCAGGAGAAGGUCUGGACGCCAACCAUCAUGGUAAGACAUCCAGUGAAGAAGCGAACGAAAUUCGGAAUCGACGAAAAUAUGGCCGUCGUCCGGGAAACUGGCGAAGUCAUUCUGACCAUCGACGAUUACCUGGAAACUGUGUGUAAUUUUGACGUUACUCACUUUCCAUUUGACCAACAGACCUGUGACAUUGAGUUCAUGCCAUGGAUUUACGAAAGCCACGCUGUUGAUUUUCAGCAGAUGCAUAGCGACGUGGGUAUGAAGUUUUACUCGGAAAACGGAAUGUGGGAAGUGCUCGGUUCCGAAGCUUCGGUGGUAUACUACACAAAUCAUCGUAGCACUUAUGCGGCUUUGAAAUACUCUAUCAAACUGAAACGGCAACCCGGGUAUUUCAUACUGAGCAUAUUUGUACCGGUGAUCAUGUUGAUGCUACUUAACUCGGUAGUAUUCAUUCUUCCUACAGACAGCGGAGAGCGCGUGGGGUAUGCCAUCACGUGCUUACUUGCCCUGGCCGUAUUCUUAACGUUGACGUCAGACGUUCUGCCGAAAACGUCGAACCCACUUUCAAUCCUGUCGUGUUUUCUCAUGUUGUUGGUUCUUGUUUCGGCCCUGAUUUGCCUGUUGACAAUAAUCAGUCUUUGGCUUUGCCACAAGAACGAUAAAACGCAUAUGCCUUUUAUUCUGAAAAAGUUCACGUAUUUCAUGCGAUGCCGAAAUCGCAAAAUAAGAGCAAAAAAUGGAGAUACUAACAUGAUUGUGGUCAACAGUUCCACAGAAAAGAGUGAUUCUGGAAAUAUGAAUAAUUUUGAAGAUGGGGGAAGGCGUGUUUCAAUGAAAUCUACUAAAAGACAAAUUACAAACUUACAAAGUUAUGAAAAACAGCCAAUUGAAAUGGAGACAAAAGAAGACAAGUACAGAGACGUAGGUUGGAAACAGUUUUCUGAAGUUUUUGAUACGGUCGGAUUCAUCUUGACCAUUUCCGUUACGGGUACCCUUGGUUUUCUAUACGUAACAAUCGCCGGCGGAAAUCUCUAAGACCGUAGAUGUAGAACAACAUUGAACUACUUUACGACAUUUUUAUCUGUCGUCUGCCCGAGGUAAAACAAAGAUUGAUUUAACAAACUGCGUAAAAAUACAUCAUUUGGCAAGAUAGCCUGUGAUGGAUGAGAUGAUUGGACAAGUUUAAUCCUAUAACACGUAAUUUUACUACAUGUAGCCCGAUUUUAAAUAAAUAUUUUAUAUGAACUUUACAAAAUAUUUAAACACAUUCAGUGAACCGUUUUAAUACAUGUACAUGUACAUUGAACAUGCAUUUAAUUAUCCUUGAAAAAAAGAGCGGUUUGUAUAAUGAUUAAGUACGUGUUUUGUGUACACAUUCAUUAAUUAUCAUUUUGUUAAUAGGUUUUAAUCUUUGUGUAUGUAUAAUUGUGCUAAUAACAAUAGCAAACUAAUUAAGUAAAUAUUUUUUCAUGUCAAAUUAAAUCUUACAAUGUAUAAGAAUGAACAUGUUAAAAUCAUGAACAGUUUAAAACUUUCAGAGAAAUUACUUAGUACAUAUUAUGUAAUUAGUUUUUGCUGAUUAAUCAUCACACGAAGUUAAAAUGAGAAAGGCAGAGUUAGGAGGCUAUGCCUCAGCGUUAAUAGAUGUGACUCUCACGUAUUUAUUGUGUAUUAUUCAUUUAAAGUUCUAAAAUGUACACUCAUGAUUUUUUUGAUCUAUUACGAUUUGUAUAAUAAAUUAAAAUUUGUU